AUGGAGACAACAGAAACGGCGACUAGUAACACUACGACAUCGUCAUCAGCAACAACAACAACAGCGAUGGAUCAAUCAAAUUUAAGCAAUCAAACAGCCGUCAAAGAAAUUGAUAUGUCAUUAUUUACAGGUGUAACAAUAUUUGAUGAUAAUUUUGAUGAUGAUGAAAUUGAAAGUGACUCUUCAUCAGAUGAAGAUACCAAUACCAAUACCAAUACCAAUACUAAUACUAAUACUAAUAAUAAUAGUAAAAAUGUAAAAUCAAAAAUAGAUAGUAAUAAUAAUAAUAAUAAUAAUACAAUUAUAUUGAAAAAAUGGAUGAAUGAAUAUUAUAAAGAUAUUGAAACAUAUAGAAAUCAAAGAAAUCAAAGAUAUGAUUCAUUCGUUAAUGAAUUAUCAUUGGAAGAGAAUGAAUAUUUAACAGCAGAAGAAAUUAAGAAUUUAACAGUUGAACAUUAUCAAAAGGAGACAUCCUAUCUUAGACUGAAGAGGAAAUUAAAUCAAAAAGAAUUUCAACCAUUAUUUAAAUAUGGUAAAUUAAAUAGUAAAUUAGUUUCACAUAUGCAACAAGAUAAUAAAUCACCUCAUAGAAAGAGUACAACAUUUUCACCACAAGGUAGUUUAUCACCACCUUCAAAUAUUUCACCUUCUGAAUUUACAAAUAAUAAUAAUAAAAAAUCAAAUAGACAAAGUACAAAAUUAACACCAGCUCAACAACAAUUGUAUAUGAAUCAAACACCACAAACCCCACAACCACCACAAUCACAAUCACAGCCAUCACAAUCACAUACAUCUGAACAAACCCCACAACAAACACCACAAUCAAAUCAAUUUAAUGGUGGUACUGUAUAUUUUAAUAAUUCAACAACAAUAACAACAACAACAACAACAACACCAAAGAAUAAUAAUGGAUCACCACUUUCAUCAUCAACUGGUAUGUCACCACCAAUGACACCAUUAAAUCAACAAGAAAAUGAUGAAGGAUUUGAUAGAUCAAAUUAUAGAAGAACUAAAUCAAUUUCAUCAAUUGUUGGUAGAAGGAGAUCACAACAAAUUGAGAAUAGCAACAAUAGCAAUAACAAUGGUAGUAUUGAUAAUGGUAGUACAAUUAAAAGAGAAUUCCAAAAUUUUACACCAUUUAAAAAUUUAAAUGUUCAAAAGAAUAAAUCCUAUACUAUGAUGUUUAAAUUGGAUCAUAAGGUAAUUUUAGAACAAACUGAGAAACUAUUGGAAGAGAAAGAAAAAGAUACAAGAGUUGCAGCAGAGAUUGGUCAAUCAUUAUUGGAAAAGAAUGAAGAUUUGGAAGAGGAGAUGAAAGCAUUGAAACAACGUCUACAAGAGCAAGAGGCUUUGAAUGAGAGUUUAAAACUUUUCAAUGAACAGGUUGAUAAAUUAAAGAACGAGAAUGCGUUCCUCUCUAACCAAGUCUCGACGGCCAAGCAAGAGAAUGAGAUAUUGGUUUUCAAAGAAUUUGAAUUAUCAAAUCAAUUGGAUGAAAAGAAUAGUAAAUUAAAAUCAAUCAUUGAUUUCAAUAGUCCAAUGAAAACUAAAACCAUUAAACAACAGAAAGAGGAGAUUGAGGAAUUGAAAUUGGCAGUGGAGGGAUUGCAAUCGUCUCAGGGUAGAUUAAUAAAAAAUCGUGAUAGACUAUUGAAUGCAAAUGAGUCAUUACAAACGAGUGUACAUGAUCUAAAGUAUCAAUUGGAUACAAAAAUCGAUGAGAGUGAAUUUGAAAAAUUAAAGAGUAAAGUCAAACUUUUACGUCAAAAAAAUAAACAACUUCAAAUUCAAGUUGAACAAACUCAAUUAUCACCAGAAUCAAGAUCACUUAAAAAUCCUGAAUUAAUUUUAAAAUCUGCUUAUAAUGAUUUAAUUAGAAAUGAAGAAUUAAUUUCAUCAACUCCAAAAAUUACAAAUCUUAGAGUACUCUCUGAUGCACGUUCUUUAUUAUCACGUUUAGAAUCUGAAAUUAUAAAUUUAGAUGAUUGUUCUUUAAUUUCAACUUUAAUUUCAUUUUUAGAAAAUGAUUCAAAUUCAAUAUCUUUAAAUUAUUCAAGUAAUAAUAAUAAUAAUAAUAAUACCAAUAAUUUAUAUUCCACAAUUCAAGAUAUUAAUAAUUAUAAUAAUAAUAAUAAUAAUAAUAAUAAUAAUAAUAAUAUUUAUAAUAAUAAUAAUAUUAAUAAUAAUAAGAAUAAUUCAAAAAAUAUUUAUUAG